AUGUGGCUCUUCCGGGUCUUCUCGUCGGCCGUCUUCCUCGCCGUCACCGUCUCGUCUAUCCCGUUGGCCUUUGACGUGGGCGGGAAGACGUGUGGUCUGGCCUUUUCGCUAUCCCUGGCCACCUUCUACUUCCUCUUCUCGCUCUUGAGGCUUACGACCCCCGAGCGCUCCUGGAUUCGCGCCUCGCUCGUCGUCGUCAUCCGCUCCACGCAAUGGAUCCUCAUCCCCAUCUUGUUGAUCUGGUCCCUGAACCGCUUCUCCGUCGACGCGGAUCAUAGUGGCGGCUGGGUCGAGCGCACCUUUCCCAGAAAUCGCGCGCAAGAUAGCUCGAUUCAAGAGUGGCUCUUUGGUCGCGAUGGCUUGGUGGAAACAGUCACUCUGGGCAACUGGGACAGGCUGUUGCGAUGGUCGACCCCUGUCUUUCAGCUGGCAGAGGGCUUCUGCAGCUUGCUGGUGAUCCAGGCCGCGGGCCAAAUCACCCGCUGGCUCGUGAAUCGCGGUGGCCGAAGUGAUAGCUGGAUGAUCGGCCUACUCGUUCUCUCCGCGACUGUCAUCUCAAGCUCCGUCUACUUCCUCUGGCGCGUCCUCCAGUUCCCCGAAAUUUCCAACGUGGAUGCGGCUUUGAUCGGCGUUUCUGUGACAUGCGCCGUUAUUCUAUGCGCCUGGGGAAUCGGCAGUGGACGGGGAAACCCCGUCGAGAGCUCGUUGCUCUUCGCUUACAUCGUGCUGUGCAUCUACCAGAUCUUCACAGACUACCAGCCUUCGAACCCGGUCGAGCAACAGAUCCCCGCCGUGACUCCCUCCGUCCUGAUCUCCCUCGCCUACCGACUUCUGGUGUUGUAUGCCUCAACUCGUAUCAUUCCCGCUGUGCGUGAGGCUGGUGCUCGUGCUCUCUCCCAAGAGGCUUCGCUUGACGAUUCGGACGCGGCUGGGCAAGUCCUCGGGUUCCUGAGUUACUUCGCGCCAUCUAUUCUCAUUGCGGUCUACACCAGUCUGUUGAUGCAACAUUUUGCGUCUGCGUCACAGGCCAUGGGAGGCAGCGGCGAGUGGUGGAGUAGCCAGGGUGGCGGCGGAGGUAACCUAUGGCGAUGGAUCAAUCUUGCAUGCACAAUGGCUCUCUAUGCUGUUGAACUCUGGCUCGGCGAGCAUGACGAUUUUGACAACGGGUUGGCUGGUCAUUGGAAGACCGACUGA